AUGCAACCCUUGUGGGCUCCAGAUCCGCCGGGGACUGUCAACCCAGCGAAGCUCACUAAGAACGCUGAAGCAGGACAUACAACCGCUUCCGAGAUCCUCGACAUACUGUGCGCACUCCCUCUAUCUGACGAUGAAACAACUACAGAAGCGGCAAACCAGGAUGCUGCCCCGGUCCCAUCGACGCAGCCGAUGCCUCGUCCAGCUGUCCCCCUUCCCCGCAUAACCUCCGACUGGGAGACCUAUGAUAUUUUCCUGAGUGAGAGCAGGAGGUACCAGGAAACCCGCACAGAAUUUGACACCCUGUACGCUGCAUACAUACGGCCUUUCUCUACAAGGUCGAGACGCACUUCACACUACGGCUAUUUUCGGACCCAGGUGAAGGAUUGGGGAAGGCUCUUCGUCCCUGUGGAUUCCAGAGCAGGUCUCGAUGCUACUGUCGUGACAGAUCGCGCCAGGAUGUCGAUAUACGACGCUUACCUCCUCCGAGCCGACAUUAUGAAGAAUAUAAACUUUUUCCGAAGGCAUCAAGUCGUGUUCAACCCUGAGACUGAGAUGUACUCCUUCUUGACCCGAGAAGGCCGUGUCGGACUCGAGGGUUUUGCAAGGAUCGAAAUGGAGUCCAAAAACCUGCCUCUUGUCAUAUCUAAGUUUCGCAGGCUUUUCCAGGACAAAACCUCUACGACAUGGACUAAAAGAUACGAACCCCUGUCGCGCCGGCAAGGAAGAUUCACGUUUGUCGAACUAGACUAUCAGAGAACCACUGUACGCCCUAAAAAGCUCCCACAAUAUGCAGCGGUUGACGCGAAAAUCAAUGAUGAAGUUAAGGAUUUGAUGGAGCGCACCCUUUUUGGCGGUCCUCUACGGAGUGGUAACACCAGCGAGAACCCGAGCACGUCGGGAUCAUGGGUAGCAUUCACCGCCCCGUAUGAGCAUAUUAGUUCAUGGGUCGUCUUCUCGGCGUUCAAGACCUUAGAUCGUAUCCGAAAACAUCUUGAAUCCGGCAGCACUAUCAACUGGAAGACUAUACUGAGGCUGUCAUCGCAAUACCGUAGCCAGAUUCCUUUCUGCUCCGGGGACGACCGUCCGCCAGUGGUCUCGAGCUACCACGCCCUAUUCCUUGAAUUUCAAUUCCUGUACUGCCUCUGGCCUCGGCGGGAGAUUGCCAACAUGGCCACUGCAAUGCAUUGCAGAGGAUCGCUCCAGCUCAAUGCGUACAAGGCCCUCGCUCAACCUCUUUACCAAGCUUACAGCUCCCUGCGGCAUGGUUUCCGCCGCCUGACCGAUGCUUCCACGCCUGAAUUCCGUCAGCUCAAAAGCUACCUUGAAAAUUCCUGCCACCGAAUCCAUUGCCUGACCCUGGAGCUGCAGGAGAUCUACCGGGUCUUCGUGAAGGCCAAGCUACCGAACCCGUACUAUGACUGGAUCGAGACCAAGAAAUUCAACGACCCUUGUGGCGAAAUGAGAUUCCUCCUGUGGCACGGGACUCCACUCGACUCGCUCCUCGGCAUCCUCGACCUGGGUCUGCAGAUCCGUCGGCAUGGUGCCAGCUGGACCGGGACCAUGUUCGGCAACGGCAUCUAUCUCGCCGACGCGUCGAGCAAGUCUGCUAGCUUCUGCAAGUACGACUCAUGGGACGGACAGGGGGUUCUGCUUCUGUGCGAAGCCGACGUCGGGGCGUCGCGCAUCCGGACGCAGACGAGCAUCUACAACGGGCACGAGCUCAUCAAGCAGUCUUGCGGUCGACACAGGUGCAUCGAAGGACUUGGGCGGACAGGCCCAGCGAGGUGGAAGCGAGUUGAGUGGGAAUUAGAGCCUGGCGUAGGUGACGGGAUGCCUUGGAUGGUAUGUAUGUGUGGUUGA